AAACGUCAUAUUUUCUAUGAACUGUCAUCAUCUUGCUGGAUUAGCACCGUUAGGUGACUGUCAUUUUCUUAUGUUAAAAUAUUGUGAGAUAUAAAUAUUAAUUUCAAGUGGCAUUUUUCAGAAAUUAAAUGAGUAUAUGGGUUAAUUAUAAUAGGGAUAAAUAAUUCUAUCAUUAUGAAAAAUAUUUGAAAUUCUUCUGAUAUCUAUAUCAAUCUAUAAAUUAUAUGUGUGUGUAUACAGGGAUGGCAUGGCCAAUGCAACAAAUCACCAAACUUUGGUGUGCUUCAUGCUGAAUUUUGUUAAAUUGUUGUUGGAGUAGGCUUAUAAAUUAACUAGGAUUUCAGUUUGAUAUGCGAAAAUCUGUAAAUCAAAUAAUUAAUUAUGGAUCCUUCUCUACAGUUAACCGCAAUUGCUGUGUUUUUUUCCUUCAUCUUUCUCUGCAAUGCUUAUAUUCAAUGGAAAAAGAGUAGCAAAUGUAGCAAGAUUAGAGAGGCUCCUGAACCAGCUGGUGCAUGGCCAAUCAUUGGCCACCUUUAUCCAUUGGGUGGUGCUGAUAAGCUUCUUCACCAAACACUUGGAUCAAUGGCUGAUAAGCAUGGGCCAGCAUUUAACAUCCGCAUAGGCAGUCAUCGUGCUUUUGUGGUUGCUAGUAGGGAAUUGGCAAAGCAAUGCUUCACCAUAAAUGACAAAGCCAUUGCUUCUCGUCCCACUACAGCAGCCACAAAGCACAUGUGCUAUAACCACGCUGUAUUUGGUUUUGCACCCUACAGCUCACAUUGGCGUGAGAUGAGAAAGAUAGUAAUGCUUGAACUUCUUUCAAAACGCCGACUGGAGAUGGUGAAGCAUGUCCAGGCUUCUGAAGUUGACUUGGGGAUAAGGAAGCUUUAUAGUCUAUGGGCUCAAAAUAAUUGCCUUCCAGUGCUUGUUGAACUUAAACAGUGGUUUGAGGAUAUGACUCUUAAUGUGAUUGUUAGAGCAGUGGCUGGAAAACGAUAUACCGGUUCUUUUGAUGAUGAUGAGACAAGACAGUGCCAGAAGGCAAUUUCUCAAUUCUUUCACUUGAUGGGAAUUUUUGUUGUUUCAGAUGCACUUCCAUUUCUAUGGUGGUUGGAUUUAGGGGGGCAUGAAAGGGCAAUGAAGAAGACAGCCAAGGACUUGGAUGCUGUACUUGCAGGUUGGCUGACUGAGCAUCGCCAAAGGAGAGUUUCUGGAGAGGCCAAGACUAAGGGUGAACAGGACUUCAUUGAUGUGAUGUUGUCGCUUGAGGAGAAAGGCCACCUGGCAGGCUUCCAAUAUGAUGCAGAUACUAGUAUCAAAUCUACCUGUCUGGCUCUUAUUGCUGGUGCUAGUGACACAACAACAACCACACUAACAUGGGCCAUCUCAUUGCUUCUGAAUAAUAAACCAGCUUUGAAAAAGGCCCAAGAAGAACUAGACAUCCAUAUUGGCAUUGGACGUGAAGUUGAUGAAUCAGACAUCAAAAACUUAGUAUACCUUCAAGCCAUGAUCAAGGAAACCCUCCGUCUGUACCCAGUUGCUCCCCUGAUACCCCGGGAAUUCAUGGAAGAUUGUAACAUAGCUGGGUAUCAUGUCCCAGCUGGCACUCGCUUAUUAGUAAAUGUAUGGAAGAUUCAGAGGGAUCCGAGAUUUUGGACAAAUCCGACAGCUUUCCAGCCCGAGAGGUUUCUAACAAGCCAUAUGGAUGUUGACGUCAGAGGUCAACACUAUGAACUCCUUCCUUUUGGCUCUGGUAGACGAUCAUGCCCUGGUGCAUCAUUUGCACUCCAUGCUCUCCACCUAGCACUUGCUAGGUUCCUUCAUGCAUUUGAUUUGGCAACCCCAAAUGACCAGCCUGUUGACAUGACUGAGACACCCGGUACAACUUUACCAAAAGCAACCCCAUUAGAGGUUCUUCUUUCCCCGCGUCUUCCUGCAAAACUCUAUAGCUGUUGAAGUUUUAAAGUUUGGAGUUUCAAUAAGACAUGAUAAGAAAUAGGUUUUGAAAGUGAUUUGAACAGGUUAUGUCAUGAAAUGGAUUUGUGUAUUUUAUCUGGUGUUACAGUCCAGACUUUGAUGUGAUAUCAUUGUAUGAUUUAGAAAUCUAAAUAUUUGUAUAAUACCAUAAUUAAAUUUGAAAUUCUGGUCCA